AUGGACAACUCAAAGGAAGGUGGCUCUGUGAAUAGACCACCUAUUCUGGAUGGCACCAACUACGACUACUGGAAGGCUCGCAUGAUUGCGUUUCUCAAAUUAAUUGACAGCAAGACCUGGAAGGCUAUUGUCAAAGGUUGGAAACAUCCGGUGAACAUACCCAAGGAAGGGUCAUCUGUUGGUGAGUUGAAACCUGAGGAUGAAUGGAACAAAGAAGAGGAUGAGGAGGCGUUGGGUAACUCUAAAGCGCUAAAUGCUAUAUUCAAUGGAGUGGAUAAAAACAUGUUCCGAUUGAUCAACACUUGCACUGUGGCAAAGGAUGCUUGGGAGAUUCUCAAGACUGCUCAUGAGGGGACUUCCAGAGUUAGAAUGUCAAGGCUUCAGAUUCUAACAACUCAGUUUGAGAACUUAAAGAUGAAGGAAGAUGAGACCAUCUCUGAUUUUCAUAUGAGACUGCGUGAUAUGGCAAACUCCUCUUUCGCUUUGGGAGAACAAAUACCUGAGAAAAGAAAUAAAAGCAUUGCUCUUGUCUCAAGCACAGAUUUAGAUGAAGAUAUGUCUGAUAAUGAAACUGGUGAAAGCAUAUCAGAAGCCAUAGCUCUUCUGGGAAGAAAAUUCAACAAGGUUUUGAAAAGGUUGGAUAAGCGAUCGAGGCCAAAUGUGCAAGACAAACGGCUUGACAACUUCAAGAAUCAGCAAUUUCAAAGAAGAGUGAAAGAUGAAGACAAGACAGGAAAUGGCCGAGGGGUUCAAUGUCAUGAAUGUGAAGGUUUUGGCCACAUCAGGACUGAAUGUGCCACCUAUUUGAAGAAACAAAAGAAAGGGAUGGUCACCACUUGGUCUGAUGAUGAAUCUGAUACAGAAGGUGAAGAUGUAACAGCAAACAGAGUAACUUCAUUCAUGGUUAGAUGUGAUUCAGAUGAUGGGGACGGUGACAAGGAGAUCUCUGAUGAGGAACUUGCUGAAGCUUAUAAGCUUCUCUACACUAAGUGGAAAGAAGCAUGUAUCUACGGUCAGCAACAGAAGAAGCUAGUUUUUGAGCUUCAAGCUGAGAAGAAGAAGCUAACUGAAGAAGUGGCCUUAUUGAACUCAAAAAUGGAAGGAAUGACCAAGUCCAUUCGCAUGAUGAGUAAAAGCACUGAUAUUCUGGAUGAAAUUCUUGAUGUUGGAAAAAAUGCAGGUGAUAAGACUGGGAUAGGAUUUGAUUAUCGUGCUGUUAACAAGGCGAGCCAGAACAUGACUAAGGAACAUGUGCAGAUUGGAAGGCAAUCAAAUGUUAAAAUGUGGAACUGCAGGCCCCAGCAAUCAGUUACACAUUCGUAUGCUCAAGUCAGGAACUAUCAAAAUUCAACUUGGAGAUGUCAUUUUUGUGGGAGAUUUGGUCACAUUAGACCAUAUUGCUUCAAGCUUUAUGGAUAUCCUAUACUUCAAGAUGUAUCACAAGAGUAUGAAAAGAAAAGUCCAGGCAAAAGCAGGUGGAAGCCCAAGGUUAAUGCUACUGCUCUCAUUGCUCACACCUCUCUGCGUGCAUCAUCAAAAGAAGACUGGUACUUCGAUAGUGGAUGUUCCAGACACAUGACAGGAGUGAAGAGUUAUCUGGAGAAAAUGAAACCACAUGCUAAGAGCUUUGUUACUUUCGGUGAUGGAGCCAAAGGAAAGAUCAGAGGAAUUGGAAAAUUGUCUGACACAGGGUCUCCAAACCUUGAUGAUGUUCUGUUAGUUGAAGGUUUAACUGCAAACUUGAUCAGCAUAAGUCAACUUUGUGACCAAGGCUUGAAGGUGGUGUUCAAACAAUCUGGGUGUGUUGUCAAAAAUAAGAACAAGGAUGUGCUAAUGAGAGGAGCCAGAUCAAAGGACAACUGCUACAUGUGGACCUCUGAAACAACAUCCUUGUCUGCUCGAUGUUUGAUGUCUAAGGAAGAUGAAGUUAGAAUCUGGCACCAAAAGUUAGGUCAUCUGAAUCUUAAGAGUAUGAAAAGAAUUGUCGCUGAGGAAGCAGUUAAAGGAAUACCAAAGUUGAAAAUUCAAGAAGGAAAGGUUUGUGGUGAAUGUCAGAUUGGGAAGCAAGUCAAAAUGUCCCACCAGAAGCUACAACAUCUGACUACAUCAAAAGUGCUUGAAUUACUACACAUGGAUUUGAUGGGGCCAAUGCAAGUGGAAAGUCUGGGAGGAAAAAGGUACGUUUUUGUAUGCGUAGAUGAUUUUUCCAGAUUCACUUGGGUAGAAUUUCUGAAGGAGAAGUCAGACACCUUUGAAGUGUUCAAAGAACUAUGUCUCCAAGUGCAAAGGGAAAAAGGGAGUGGGAUUGUUAAAAUAAGAAGUGAUCAUGGAAAAGAAUUUGAGAAUGGUCAAUUCUCUGAGUUCUGCUCCUCUGAAGGAAUCAAACAUGAAUUCUAUGCUCCUAUCACUCCUCAACAAAACGGAGUGGUUGAAAGGAAGAACAGAACAUUGCAAGAAUCUGCCAGAGCUAUGUUGCAUGCUAAAAAUCUACCAUAUCAUUUUUGGGCUGAGGCUAUUAACACUGCCUGCUACAUUCACAAUCACGUCACUAUUCGUCAAGGAGAUACAGUCACUCAGUAUGAACUAUGGAAAGGGAAAAAACCUACAGUAAAGUAUUUUCAUGUUUUUGGCAGCAAGUGUUACAUUCUGUCUGAUAGAGAACACAGGAGAAAACUGGAUCCUAAAAGUGAAGUUGGAAUAUUUCUGGGGUAUUCUGGAAACAGCAGAGCAUACAGAGUUUAUAAUAUUCAUACUAAAGUCAUGAUGGAAUCCAUUAAUGUAGUUGUUGAUGAUACAGCCAAUGAGAGAACGGGACAAGCUCAUGAUGAAGAUGAUCUACCAUAUGAGUGUACAAAUGUGGAACCAGAUGAGCCAGCAAUUCAAUUCCCAAAUGAGCAAGAAAACACUGUCUCUCAACUGCCUGUAGCUACCAAAGAACCCUUUAUUAGAAUUCAGAAGAUACAUCCAAAGGAAAAUAUCAUUGGUGAUCUGAAUGAUGGGGUUAUUACUAGGUCAAGGGAUCUAGUUUCUAAUGCAUGCUUCAUAUCAAAAAUAGAACCAAAGAACGUCAAAGAAGCUCUGACUGAUGAGUUCUGGAUUCAAUCCAUGCAAGAGGAACUGGGACAGUUCAAGAGGAAUGAAGUGUGGGAAUUGCCUAAAGGGUUUGUAGAUCCAAGUUUUCCAGAUCAUGUAUACAGAUUGAAAAAGGCUCUGUAUGGCUUAAAACAAGCACCUAGAGCAUGGUAUGAAAGAUUAACAGAAUUUCUGACCAACAAUGGUUAUGACAAAAGUGGCAUUGACAAGACCUUGUUUGUUAAGAAAAAUGGCAGUGAACUUAUGAUAGCUCAAAUUUAUGUUGAGGACAUUGUGUUUGGUGGCAUGUCGAACCAGAUGGUGGAACAAUUUGUUGAACAAAUGAAAUCUGAGUUUGAAAUGAGUCUUGUAGGUGAAUUAACUUACUUUCUGGGACUUCAGGUAAAACAGAUGGAAGAUACCUUAUUCAUCACACAAAGUAAGUAUGCUAAGGGGAUUGUUAAGAAGUUUGGUCUUGAGAAUGCGGGUCACAAAAGAACACCUGCUGCAACUCAUAUCAAGCUCACAAAGGAUGAGAAAGGUACUGAUGUGGAUCCUAGUUUAUAUAGAAGCAUGAUUGGAAGUCUUUUGUAUCUCACUGCCAGCAGACCAGAUAUUACUUUUGCAGUUGGAGUUUGUGCUAGGUAUCAAGCAGAACCAAAGACUAGUCAUCUCAUUCAAGUGAAAAGGAUCAUUAAGUAUAUCAGUGGUACAAGUGAUUAUGGCAUUUUGUACUCUCACAACACUAAUUCAGUGUUAACAGAUGUUAUGACAUUGUUUUGUGACAAUCUAAGUGCUAUCAACAUAUCCAAAAAUCCAAUUCAGCACAGCAGAACAAAACAUAUUGAUAUUCGUCAUCAUUUCAUCAGGGAGUUGGUUGAAGAUGGUACUGUUACUUUGGAACAUGUCUCAACUGAAAAGCAGUUAGCAGAUAUUUUUACCAAAGCUUUGGAUGCCACACAGUUUGAAAAAUUGAGACAGUUAUUGGGUAUCUGCCUAUUUGAGGAAUUAUAG